AUGUCCUUUUCCAAUACUUCCACGGGCGACAAACCCGCCGACCCCUACAAAAAGGCCAACCAAGAAGACCCUGACAUGCGUACAAAGAUUGCCGACCUAGGAACUUUCAUCACAAGCUGCAAGUUUGGCAUGAUGACCACAAGAGCAGCCGAGUCCUCUCGUCUCGUUUCUCGAUGCAUGGCUCUUGCGGCCACGGAAAACAAUGGCGUUGAUUUGCUUUUCCACACAAACACUGAGUCUGGCAAGACGGACGAUGUCGCCAGCGACCCCGACGUCAACAUGUCAUUCCUGAACUCAAAGGGCGAAUGGGCCUCAAUCUCUGGCCACGCAGAGAUUAUUACGGAUCGUGACGCUGUCAAGAAAUAUUAUAGCCCUGCGCUCAAGGCGUGGCUUGGAGACCUUGGUGAUGGUGUUCAUGACGCGUCUGAGAAUGACCCUCGCAUUGGUAUUGUCAAGUUGGUAGCUGAGACGGCUACGUACGCAUUGUCGGAUAAGGGUCAGAUUAUGCAGGCGGUUGAGAUUGCGCAGAGUGCGGUGAGAGGGAAACCGGCAGAAGUGAAUAGCUUGCGGCAUAUAUCGGAGGAGGAGUUUAAGGCUUGGCGAGUGCAUCAAGGUUGA